UCGCUGACGCCGCUGUCCGCAGCUACCUGGGCCGGAAGCGGCUGGAGCCGGAGCGCUCGGAGCGCGGCGUGCCGGGCGUGCGGCAGCUGCUGCGCCCGGGCUACUCCUACUGGAGCCUGGGCUACGCGCUGUCCCUGCGCGGCGCCCGCAAGCUCCUGGCGGCCGAGCCCCUGGGCAAGAUGAUCCCGGUGGACGAGUUCCUGCCCCUCAUGUUCGACCGGCACCCCAGCCCCGAGUACUCCCGGCACUUUUCCCGCCGGGACCUGCUGGCGUUCUCGGCGGAGCCGCUGCUGCUCUUCCCCACGCACUACACGGGGGAGCCCGGCUACGUCAGCGACACCGAGACCCCCCCGGAGCCCCCCGAGAUCGGGGCCGGGCCGCAAUUCCCGCGGGAAUCCCGCAGCCCCCGGCCCCCGAGCCCCCCGGAGCCCCCCGAGAUCGGGGCCGGGCCGGAAUUCCCGCCGGAGCCCCGGAAUUCCCAACCCCGGCACGACAGCGACGCCCGCGACGAGCUCUGAGCCCGAAACGCCCCCGGAACUCGGGAUGGGGGAAUUCCCACGGGAAUCCUGGAAUUCCCAAUGGCAGAGCCCCCCGAAAUCUGGGAUGGGGGGAAUUCCCACGGGAAUCCUGGAAUUCCCAAUGGCAGAGCCCCCCAAAAUCUGGGAUGGGGGGAAUUCCCACGGGAAUCCUGGGAUUCCCAGCCCUGGAGCACCCCUGAAAUCUGGGAUGGGGAAAAAUUCCUGCAGGAAUCCCGGAAUUCCCAACCCCAUAAAUCUGGGGUGGGGAGGAAUUCCCAGUGGAAUCCUGGAAUUCACAUCCCUGGAGUCCCCUGAAAUUUGGGAUGCGGAGGAAUUCCCACGGGAAUCCUGGGAUUUCCAUCCCUGGAGCCCCCCAAAAUUUGGGAUGGGGAGGAAUUCCCGUGGGAAUCCUGGGAUUCAGGACACCAGGACCACCAGAGCCCCCCGAAAUUUGGGGUGACAGGAAGGAAUUCCUGUGGGAAUCCUGGAAUUCCCAAUGGCAGAGCCUCCCGAAAUCUGGGAUGGGGAAAAAUUCCCAGUGGAAUCCUGGGAUUCCCAAUGCCAGAGCCCCCUGAAAUCUGGGAUGGGGAGAAUUCCCACGGGAAUCCUGGAAUUCCCAAUGCCAGAGCCCCCCAAUAUUUGGGAUGGGGAGGAAUUCCCACGGGAAUCCUGGAAUUCAGGACACCAGAACCCCAAAACCCCCUGAAAUUUGGGAUGAUGGGGAGGAAUUCCCACGGGAAUCCUGGAAUUCCCAGCCCUGGAGGCCCCCAAAAUUCGGGAUGGGGAGGAAUUUCCAUGGGAAUCCUGGAAUUCAGGACACCAGGACCACCAGAGCCCCCCAAAAUUUGGGAUGACGGGGAGGAAUUCCCACGGGAAUCCUGGAAUUCCCAAUGCCAGAGCCCCCCAAAAUUUGGGAUGGGGAAAAAUUCCCAGUGGAAUCCUGGAAUUCCCAGCCCCGGCAUGGCACCCCCAGAGGCCCCCAAAAAUAUCCCCAAAAUUCGGGAUGGGGAGGAAUUCCCAGAAUUCCCAUCCCCAGCACAACACCCAGAGCCCCCAAAAUUUGGGAUGGGGAAAAAUUCCCGUGGGAAUCCCAGAAUUCCCAAAAUUCCCAACCCCGGCAGGACAGCAGCGCCCGCGGCGAGCUCUGACCCCAAAAUUUGGGGGAUUUUUAUUCCCAAAUAAAGUUUUUAUUUUUAUUUUUCAUA